UCAUUUUUUGGGGAUGCACGAAAAAGGCAAAAUGCAUUCUGUUUUUCUUCCACGCUCUACCAGCAGUCAGAAAAGCAGCUUUCUCACACCGACGCACGUCCUUGGCGUUUUUCAUAGGCUGCGUCGGAAUCGGACCUCAACUGGUGACGUGAGAGAGUGGAUGCAGCCGUAACCUGGCGUUGGCAGUGGUGGCAGAUGAGAGAGAAGCAUGCUGCGGUCGGUAACCUGAAGCUGGCAGAGGAACGGUUUUCUGACAGUUGUCUCGUAAAAAGGAACCAUAUCCCAUUUUACGAGAGGAAAAUACUGAAGAGUAUUGUCUACGACGCUGUCUUUCUGUGUGCAAAAGUUUUGAUAUUUUGCAAAGUUAUGAUGUUGCUCUUUAUAAUAUGCUACAGAUAAUUAUGGAAAGUCAUGAUGUCAGGAAUCUAGCAUUUGCCAUGUUGGGUGUUAAAAGCAAAUUAUCGUUCAUUUGGUGCAAAUAAUAAGAGGACCAAAGUAGCCUAAUGAUUUCAAAAGUGUAACUGGGAAAAUGGAUCCACUUUUCAACGUAACUAAUUCAUCAAGCAACUGGACUAAGUCAUCGGAAACAAAUGACACAAAUCAUGAGAACCAAUUUGUGCAAGCCGUUUGGAAAGUGGCUCUUUGGGCACUAGCUUACAGCAUCAUCAUCAUCGUAUCCGUUGUGGGAAAUAUAGUGGUAAUAUGGAUCAUACUGGCACACAAACGCAUGAGAACUGUGACAAACUACUUUCUUGUGAACUUAGCGUUUGCCGAAGCAUCUAUGUCAGCCUUCAACACUGUCAUCAACUUCAUCUAUGGAGCGCACAAUAACUGGUAUUUUGGCUUGGGUUACUGUCGGUUCCACAACUUCUUUCCAAUUGCCGCAGUUUUUUCAAGUAUCUAUUCAAUGACAGCAAUUGCUUUAGACAGGUACAUGGCCAUUAUCCAUCCCCUCAAACAGCGGAUGACUGCCACUGAGACCAUGGUGGUCAUCGGCGUGAUCUGGGUCCUGGCCCUCGUGCUGGCCUUCCCCCAGUUCUAUUACUCGGACCUCGACUACUUCCCAACGCGUGUGGUGUGCUACAUCGACUGGCCUGUCUACAUCGAGAAGAUCUACUAUGUGUUGCUGGCUGUGCUGAUCUACCUUCUGCCCCUACUGGUGAUGGGCUGUGCCUACCUAGAGGUCGGGCUCACUCUGUGGGCCAGCGAGAUCCCAGGGGACUCGUCCGAUCGCUACAAGGAGCAGCUUACUGCCAAGCGCAAGGUGGUGAAGAUGAUGAUUGUGGUGGUGUGCACCUUCGCCGUCUGCUGGCUGCCCUUCCACGUCUACUUCUUCCUGGGCCACUUCUUCCCCAGCCUGCUGCAGAGGACUUUCAUCCAGCAGGUGUACCUGGCCAUUAUGUGGCUGGCCAUGAGCUCCACCAUGUACAACCCCAUCAUCUACUGCUGUCUCAACGACAGGUUCCGUGCCGGCUUCAAGCAAGCGUUCCGCUGGUGCCCGUUUGUGCCCGAAGGCGCCUAUGAGGGUCUGGAGAUGAAGUCCACCCGCUACCUGCACACACAGACCAGCAUGUACAAGACCAGCCGCAUGGAGACCACCAUGUCGACGGUGCUGCCGCAGGGCACCGACAAGGACCCCAGGGCAGGAGCGUGCGUGUGCACGGCGGUGGCGGCGGCAGGGGGAGUCGCGGCCGCGCGCCGGAGUUCAGUUGACCUGGCCUCCAACGGCUCCUCGUCACGGAGCAUUUCCAAGACCGUGUCGGAGACCUCCAGCUUCUACUCCAGCAACAACCUGCCUGAGUAGUCUCCUCCUCCUCCUCCUCUCUUCUCCUCACCCCCCCCCCCAGCUCUGCUCAUCCACUGACUGUCAGACUUACUGUUUGUGAGUGUGUCUGUGUGUGUGUGUGUGUGUGUGUGUGUGUUUUCAUGCCGCUGUGCAUAUCACCCGUGUGCCAGCAUGUCCGAUGAACUCUGCUGAAACAGCAUGCCCUGGUUUCUGGGCAGGAUUGUUUCACCAAGGGCACUAUCGCACAGUCACCUUCUCUGCGUAGAUUUAAAGCUAUUGGACAUUAUUUCCUGUGGCCAUUGAUGAAUCACACACACACACACACACACACACACACACACACACACACACACACACACACACACACACACACACACACACACAGCAGUCUGGCUCAUAGGUUUCAUAAUCCCCAAUUUACACGCUGCACACCAUUUGGUGAUGUGGUUUGUGCAAUGGGACCUCCAUUGUCUGAAUGUAUAUUUUACAGUAUCGAUUGGCUGCUAGGCUUCAAACUGUUAACUGCAGUUUGCCUGUUCAUAGCAGCUUGUGAACUGAAGCUCACUCAAAGUGCUUUUGACUGAAGAAGAGUGUGUCAAAACCACUGACCUCAAAUGCAGCAAACACCAUGGAUUUGUGUACAUUACUCUCAACUUUGUUAUCAUUUAAUGUUUUCCAUGUAGUGCAAUAGACACUACAAACGUGUAUAUAGGCUCUGAAGUAGCAGACCAUGUCUGAGGAAAAUGAGAAGACUGUACAGCAGGCUGGGUUAUAAGACAGAGAAAAAAAUAAUGGAGAAAAAGUGUUCCGAGGUGGUGCCACCGCGUGUUACGUCUGGCUGUGCUUUACCAAACAAGACUAUGUUAGAAUCACAGCUGAAGGUAUGACUAUAUUCAGCGGAACAUAAUAUCUUGGGGAGUAGUUUUCACAGCUUGUUUUCUUUUUGUGCCAUUGCAAGCAACUAUUUCACGCAAUCUAGCCGAGUAGCAACAACACACAACACACAUACACUAACACAUACACAUAAACGCACAUAGCCAAGGCAGUGGUAAAAUUAGCUCAGCAGUCUUCUACAGUGCUCUUCCCAGGUCUGCUGCGGAAGCAUUUGUGAGUGUGAGUUUGUGUGUGUGUGUGUGUGUGUGUGUGUGUGUUUGUGUGUGUGAGUAGAGUAAUAUGGAAGAAGGGGAUACUGAACAAAUAACAAAUGGAUCAAAUACAUAUCAUUGUAUAUUCCUGUUAGGACCAGAACUUGCCCUGAAUUGUUAAUUGCCUCUUCCUACUAUACUACCAUACACACCAAACUAUUACAUGUAGAUCCUCUGUGACAUGCUGUUGGUGUUUGUAUGGGGGUGAAGGAGUCAGAUGGAGAGAGAGACUUGAUAAAGACUGGAAUUCUCAAAUAGAGAUCCCAGUUCCCAGUGACAGUUUGGUACCUGGUGGUAUUUAGAAACAUGCCCAUUAGAAUGAAUGUUGUGUGUAUAUGUGUCUUUACAGUAAGCCUGUGGUUGACUGUGUAUAUGUAUUGGGGCGGGGGGACUCCAUGACUUGAGUGCAAAAAAUGUGUACGUUUGUGCAUACAGUAUGUAUAAGUGAAUGUUUCAUAUGAGCAAAUGUGUCCUGAAAUGAGUGCAAAUCCAUGCACAUCUGUAUGCAUCCGUGCAGUGAUUGAGGACUGAGGCCACACACUCUGCAGAUGCAUCCAAGGGCCCUGAAUGAUCUCUCUCUCUCUCUCUCUCUCUUUCACACACACACACACACACACACACCUGGACACCUCAGGCCUCCUGGCUGUGCUGAGUCUCCUGAGACCUAACAUGGCUCACCCUGACAUGCAGCCCUCCCUGCAUUAGCGGAUCGUUCAUGUGGCCCUGGCUUAACACUACAGCAUCAACGUGCUCGCUGUGGUUAAUGUAUGCAGCUGUUUCAAAGUGACUGUGGCCGUCUGGUCCAUGCCUGACAUGAGUGGCCCUACCUACCGUUAUCCGAUCCGUUUGAUGCAGCUUGCCAUAUUUUAUCAUAGCUCUGCUGUUUAAUCCAGUUUCCAUUCUCCUGGAAAACAAUUUCAAAAGCAGGAAAUGAGGCGCAAUUGUUGAGCCAUGGGCUCUGUGGGUUUAACACAAACAGACGGCAUUGCAUGCCAAAUCAAAUGGCUGCCUCAAUGUGAUGUGCCGAUGCCGGCACCUGUUAGAAUUUAGAGAUUCAAAGUUAUUCUGUUCAGGAUGGAAGUAUUCUGUUCAUGGAUAAAGUAGUUGUUCUAUAGAAGAUGAAAAGGAGAUAAGUAAGUGAUGAAACAAUCCUCAGCACGUUCAGAUCAGUAAGAUUUUGUUGAUUCUUUGUGUUAAUUAACGUGUUGGUGAUAAAUAGUUCUUUUUUUAUUAUUAUAUAUAUAUAUAUAUAUAAGACAGCAGCUGUUUCUUUGUACUUUUAAUGUGGUUUUAUUUAACUUGUACUGUUAUUUAGAGUGAUUGUACAAGAGAAGUGGUAUUAAUGUUGCGUAUACAGAGAACAAUGUAUAAUUUCUUGUCACAUAAAAACCACACGGUCAUUUCUAAUCUAGUGUACAAGUUCAAUACAAACUUUUACCAACAGUGCAAAUCACUGUAGCUUUGCAGAACAAUGUUUUUGAGCAUUAAUCUAUAUGUUGCUGAAUUGUUUUCCCAGUAAAUCUCACAUUAUUGUCACUGUAGUGCAAUUGUGCUUUUGUUGUGCUGUGCUCACUGUAUGCAUCACAAAAAAGUGUUCUGCCUAUUGACAACAAUUGACAUACAUUAUCCAUCUAUCAAUAAAAUAGAUUGAUUUAGUUUUGUUUAAAGAAAAGAGAAUCAAAGCACCCCAAGCCCAAUAAUGUGCCUUCAACUACACAGCCAUUACACCGCAUAGGUCCUUAGGAAGACACUAAAUAGAUAGAUAGAUAGAUAGAUAGAUAGAUACUUUAUUGAUCCCCAGGGGAAAUUCAAGCAAUUCACUAGUGUCUAGGCAGACAUAAAAAAAACUUAUUUGCCUCUAAUUCUUAUUCCAGUCCACUGUUGUUGUGUCUGGUCAGAUGGUGCCUAGAGGGGGGUGCAGAUGUAACAUUGUUGUAUUGGAGAAGACCUUUGUUUUCACCACGAUGGCUCGUGCACUGACAGCUCGUGCACUGAACUCAGUCCCCAGCUGAGAUCUCUAUCUCUCUUUCCUUCUCUCCACGUUCCACUCAGUUUGAGAGUCUUCAUUUUUCUGGCAGUGUGCUUUCCACAUCAGUCAGCAGAGAAGGCGUGUUCAGUCCUGUUCCAUGUUUUGUCUGUCAAUCCAAAUCAAAGGCAAACUGUGCCCCCCCUGACUUUCAUAGGAUGUGUGGUAGUAUUUCAGAGUAUGAGUUUGCAUUGCUUUGACUUAAAUGUCAAGCACUGACAAUACAAGAAUACGAAGAGAGAACAUAAAGGGAAAACACCAGUGACUGGGCUUCUAUUAAACAAUGAAUGGUUAUGGGAGAGGGGGUCCAGGGCAGGGCCGCAGUGGGGCCACUUUUCAGCCCGGGAGUUUCAGGCCCAAGACCGGCCCACUUUUUUAGUGGUCGUGGAAAUUGGAUAAAUAAUAUAUAUUUCCCUCGACCGGCCCAAAAGUGAAGCGGCCCACCGGGAAUUUUCCCGAUUCUCCCGAUUACCCACUCCGGGCCUGGUCCAGGGUGAGAAAGAGGUGAAAGGAACGAGAUAUUUCACAAACUGUGCCCUGCGGAUGUAUGCUAGAGAGAGGGAGAAAGAGAGAAGAAGAGGAGGUUGAUAUCAAAAUUAAUGAACAGACUUGGGUGGGCACGACAGAAACAGAUCGAUCACACAACGUAGCACAGCCAGCAUUUUAAGCGAGGAAGGCUGAGAGAAGAACACGAACCCCCCAGAGAAGCAGACGACGGGCGAAAGUAAUCACCAGGGAAAACACCGCAGCAGAGAGAGAGAGAGAGAGAGUACGAGAGAGAAAGCGCCCGAUGUCAGCACGUCGCACCUGUGGAGUGUUUGUCGCCGCGUUAAACCCAGCGGAUGCGCUGCACAUGCAAACGCAUCCUAAUUCCAUCUCACCGCUCUCAUCAAACAAGGAUUCACGCCUCUGCAAAAGAGGCUCAAUAUAACCGAAAAUAGAUUAAUUUAGAGGUGUGAGUUGAAAAGGGAGAUGAUUUGAGUUGGGAUGUAAUUUACUUAACCUUCCUUAAAAUCAUUUGUGGGCAGGGAGAAUGCUGUUUAUGUCCUUUAGAGCACGGGGUGCUGCUUUCAAGUUGAAUCGUUUUCAUGCCAUUACACCUACAUAUCACCAUCCACUUACUUAUAUCGAUUAUAUGAUAGCAAUCAUAUUUCAAUGGUAUGGUCUUUUUGUGUGAAAAUGAAACUGAAUGGUUUAUAAGUUAACUUGUAGAUGUGUGAAUGCAUUUAAAGCAGUAAGUGUUCUGCUGAGUUUUCUUUGGGCUGAUAUAAAAGAAGGUAUUAACCUAAAUCUCAGUCGCUGCUCCCCCUUUAGACGUUUCCAUUCAGUCUCACAGGGCAUGUGUUUUUAUCAACUUGCUAAGACGGUGUGCAUAAUGUAUUUUCACAGCUUUGCCAUUCUGCCCCCAAAAUAAAGAAUGCUC